AUGUCUGCAGAUGUAAAGAGCAGGUGUGGAGCCAAUGAAGAGAAAUGCUUCGUAAUUCAGGAUCUAAACAGCAAGAUUGUGUACGACGCUGACGGCGAAAUUAUCUUAAGUUUUCAUGAUUGCAGGGUUUUAAAAAAUACAGCCAAAAUAUCCAAUGUUACUACAUGCACAAGCAUCAAGUUGCAAGUUUUUAGUGCAUCCUCAAGCAACAAUAACAAGGACUGUGGCUCCAACUAUGUAUUUUCUGAUUGCAUUGUUGUGCUGUGCACUGAUUCUGUAUUUGUAAUUUUAGAUGAUAUUGUUGUAAAGAGACCCUUAAAGGAGAGAUUUGCUCACAUUUUACCCGAAAGAUUUGUGGUCCACAACUAUGUAAAUGAGUGUAGCAUAUAUGAUUGUCUCCUGCUUAUUAACUGUAUUAGGCCAGUUUUCUUGUUUAAGACUGGCGAGAUAGAGGGUUUUCUAGCAGCCCUAAUGAAUAUCAAUGCGAAUCAAAAUAUAAGGUUUGCUGAAAAUUUUAUUAAAGGAUUGAAGCUGAACUCAAAAACACUUGCAGAGCAGCACAAGGACCACCAAACCAUCCUGUGUAGGGUUUAUAGACAGGUGGACGACGACUCCAAGAAGCUUUUAGAUAGCCAUAUUGACUUCAAGACUUUAAAUGCUGAUCAAAUGUUUUAUAUUGUAAUUUACAAGCCUGAGCUUAUGAAAAACUUUAUCCACCUGUGCAAGUUGCAAAAAAGAUUGUUUUAUUUAGAAGAUUUAAGAGAUUUCUAUGCAAAGACUGGGAGAGUGGACGAAUGUAAACGCCUGUUUCUGGAAAAUGGGGUAUUAAUGUUUAAGUACAACGGUGUUGAGAAGUUUUACGAAAUUGAAAAGCAGCAAAUUGAAUCGCAAAGACUUGAGUUUAUCACUUUUAAUGCACUAUAA